AUGGUUGCCGAUUCAAGGGCAGGGAUGAGUAAGUUCAUUUCGAGUGUGUCCGAAAUGGUGGUUAAAGAGUGCCGAACCACCAUGCUCAUUAAUGACAUGGACAUCUCUCGUCUCAUGGGGCAUGCACAACAAAUUGAGAAGGAGAAACUUAAGGAAAAGUCUAGGGAGUUAAAGAGGGCUAAGACCGGAGUUGGAAAUUUCUCUCAUGCAAGGUCUGAUAUACAUGGUCGUCGUAGAUUUCGAUCUAGUUGUACUAAGUGUGGAAUGAAGAAUGAGAGUAAGUGCCUAGCCGGCAUAGAUGGUUGCUUUGGUAGUGGUAAGAGUGGUCACAAAAUGAGGGAUUGCCCGAUGCUUAUGGCUAAAGGAAGAGAGGGCAAGAAAGCUUCUCCUAGUGGUGUGGGUGCCAAUGCUCCUAAGCAAAACCGAUUCUAUGCACUUCAGACUCGUGAUGAAAAAGAAGGUUUUCCCAAUGUGGUUACUGGAUCUGACAGUCAGGGUCAUCAGUUUCGUGGCUAG